AGUUCCUCCCAGGUCACCUCUGAAGGAUGAAAAUACGCAGCAAAGCCGGAUUGGCCGGCUGCUGGUCCAGUCCACACCUGCCCCAGCGCUCUCGCUCUCUCCGGGUUAGACAGUGCUCAGCACGAAACGCGACACCUUCUGGGUCCACCCCAGACCCGGGACCCCAGACUGCUACGCCAGUGCGGAUGGACACCCGCGCGCCGGAAGUCCCUUGCGGGAACGUGCUGCAGAACGCGUUACCUAAGGUUCAUUUUCAGGCAGAAAAUCUACUUCAGGAGCUUGAGGAACACUUCCGAGCUCUGACUACAACAUUAAACCUCAGAGUGGAAGAAAUGGGAAAUCGCAUUGAGGACUUACAGAAAAACGUUGAUGACCUAAUGGUUCAAGCUGGAAUCGAGAACUCGAUCAAAGAGCAAACGCGCUGCAAUGAGGGGGCCUCGUGUGUACACCGGUGAAGCUGUGUAUCUCUACAAACUUGAUUCUAUCCUCCUUCUGAGCCCCCUGGGUUUACUUCGAGGCUUACUCUUUUCUGGCUUGAGUAAUUCCCGGACAUUGCCUAAAGGGCAUCCUGGAAUUUUUGGAGGUCUCAAGAUACUGAGAGACCCACCACCACCUGGUUUCAGCUGCAUCCAAGCAGGACCGCAAGAUCAAACCUACUAUUCUGCAGUCCCGGAGCACCAAUGAGGAUGCUCCCAAGUGAGAGCCAACUGAACAUAACUUCUGUAUCUGUGAUGGUCUGAAUGUUUACAUCCCCACAGCUGGUAUGUUUGGACGCUGACCCCAGUGCAGCUGCAUCUAGAGAGAAAGCCUCUAAGGAAGUAAUUAAGGGUAAAUGAGGUCACACGGGAAAUGAGGUCACUAGGGCAGCACCCUGAUCCAAUAGGCCUGAUAGCCUCAUAAGAGACAAGCUUGCUCUUUCUCUGUGUGCACACUAAGGACAGACCAUGAGGACAUAGGGAGAAGGCUGUCCUCUGCAAGCCAGUGCCCUGAAGCCGAGCUGUCAGUCUGUUGUUGAUUCAGUUAGGACUGUGCAAGCAGACCGAUAAGAGGCAUACGACGAACAAGGAACGUGGAAUGCAAACUGUUUGCUCACCUUUUCCUCAGACAUCUGAAAAGCUCUUAUCAAUAAAGCGUAAUCUAACUUCAUACAAUUCACCCUAAUUCAGUAAACCACUAUCUGACCUUACGCUCAUUGUGCAGACAACAUAAGUAAUUCUAGAACAUGUUCAUAAUCUCAAAGAAGUCCCGCGGCCAUUUGCUAUGUAACCACUUCUUACCACACCAAGUCCUGUGCAACCACUUACCGCUUUCUGUCUGAACAGACUUGCCUAUCUGCACGUUGGACACCGGGCUUCCACAUUUGGGCAGCUGUGGAUAAAAGUUUCUGUGUGGACAUUGUUCUUUUUGGGGGGCAGGGGGCAUGUAGAACUAUACCUAGAAAUGACAUGACUAUAAUAAAAUAUCAUACUGAA